AUGAUGAUGAUGAUGAUCCAGAUAAUCCCUCAUCUAAUAAGUUAGAAAUAAUAUCGAAAUCCAAACUUAUACCUGAUCAGCAGUUUGACAGUUGUAAUAGUGAUACUAAUACUCAAACUAAGAGAAAAAAAAACACAGUUUACAGUCUUUAUGAUUUAUCAAAUAUGAAGUUAUUCUACCACAUUAGCCAUUUAAUUAUGUAAAAGUGUAACUUAAUGACUAUUAAGUUUUGGUUAGUGAUCAUUGAUUAGGUCUUGCAAUCAAUAUAAUUUAUAUUUAUCUACAACAAUAAGAUAAGUAAUAUUAAAUAAAGCAUUUUAUUUUAUUUUAAAAAUGCUUCUGCUUUGUAGUGUUGUAUGCCUUAGCGUUAUAUAAAUCAUUAAAUAUAUCAUAUUAUAAGAUUCAUAUAUGAUUAUUUUUCAGUAAUAGCUACAUACUGCCUUUAUAGUUAUUGAAAUAAAAUAAAGCUUUCUAUAGCAUAGGUAUUAUAGUUUAUAAUACAUUACAUGGAAUAUUUAUUCAUGCUUAAACACUUUCUUUUAUUUAAUUAAUAGUAAAUAUUGUAUUACACAUUUGUAAAUAAAUACAUAUGUCAAAUUAAAUAAUAAUACAUGCAUAAUGCCUACACUGCUUGUCUGAUUUUAAUGAUUUUUACUUGCAAUACUUUAAACUUUGUUUUAUCAUUCUUAGAUUAUGGAGGACUGCGUUCAAUCAAAAGAACCUGAUACAACUCAAGAUGAAUCCCCGGGAGAACCUCCUGAUUCUUGGGAUCUAAAGCGGGUCAGAUAUUUUACUGAAGAAUAUCCAAGGCUCUAUAUACAUAAAAAAAAUGUUUGGGUGUAGAAGUUGCAAAAAAUACAAUUUGAAUUUAGUGAAAGAACAAGGUCUUCACAUUUCAAAAGAAUGGAGUGAGGCAAAAGUAGCUGCAGUUGGUGAUAAUAUUAGUAAACAACAAAUAAGUCUAAGAAAAAAAAAUCGCAAAACAUAAGAAUACACAAGUACACUUAAAAAUAGAACGCAUAAUAGACAAAAGUAAAUUAGAAGUCAUGCCAAACCAAAUUUUAAAAAUAUCUAGUAUUGAUGAAGACAAUACCAAAAAAAUUUUCAGAACUGCAUAUUUUAUAGCGAAGAACCAGAGACCUUUUACAGAUAUGCCUAUGCUUAUAGAUUUACAUCAAAUUAAUGGACUACAUAUGGGCCGUAUCCUUCAAACAAACAAAGCCUGUGGUAAUAUAAUUGAUCAUAUAAGCUUAGAAAUGAGAAAAAAGUUGUGUAAUGAGAUCGUUUUAAACAAAAGAAAACUCUGUAUAAUUGUAGAUGAGUCUACUACCUUAAGCCAUAAAAUAAUGCUAGUAAUUUGUCUGAGGGCAGCAAUAGCUAGUGAUGAAGAAGUAAUUACAUUUUUUUCGAUAUUGUAGAAUUAAAAAAUACAACUGCUGAAACUAUAUACACUAAUAUAAUAAAUAAUUUAUCGAAAUAUGGCUUAACCCAUGAUUAUUUAAAACACAACUUGGUGGCAUUUGUUAGUGAUGGUGCGUCGAAUAUGUUGAGGAGGAUACUAGGAGUUGGUAUUAAAUUACAAAGUUUGUACCCUAAUAUUAUUGUUUGGCAUUGUUGCAAUCAUAGAUUGGAAUUGGCGGUGUCCGACACCCUUAAAGAAGUGCAAGGAAUAAAUCAUUUUCAACUUUUUAUAGAAAAACUGUAUGCAUUAUACCAUCAAUCCCCUAAAAAUAUGAAUGAGUUAAGUUUAUGUGCUGCAUCAUUAGAAGAAAAACUGUUGGUAAUUGGAAAAAUAUUUACGAUCAGGUGGGUUGCUUCAAGUGAACGAACGUUAAAAGCUGUUUGGAAUAAUUACUCUGCACUAUAUCAACGUUUUUUAAAAGCAUCAAAUGACUGCCAUAGAGACUCAAAAUAAAAUGCCAAGUAUAUUGGAUUGAAAAGAAUUUUGGGUUCAGUUGAGUUUGUUCAUAACUUAGGUACAUAACAAUCAAAAUAAUAAUAAUAUUAUACAACAUUUUUAAUUACUGUUUCCAUUAUGUAUAUAGGUGUUAUGCAUGAUGGAUUAUCUGAAUUUUCUACAUUAUCUUUGCAGCUUCAAAAUAGAAGUAUUUCACUUUGGAAUGCCAAUACUUGCAUUGAGCGUACAAUUCGUGUACUUAAUUCAAUGGCCAAUCAACCUGGACCAAGAUCUGAAGAAGCUAGUCACGCAUGUGUAAAUUUAAUUUUUAAAGAUGUUCCAUUGAUAAAUUAUGCUAAGAUACCAAAAAUAAACUCUGGGCAGUUCUUUAGAAGUCUUUCAAAUAAUAUGCACUCUAGACUUUUCACAUUUCAGGCGUCAAAUACCGCAAGUUCCGGCAAUACUUUCAAAAACAAAUACGAAGAUCUCCUCAAAGACAUGGAAGUUCUUGAACCUAAAUCUUGGCUCGAUAAUUGUGAUAUUCAAUUUGGAGAUAAAAAUAUUAGAAGACUGACAGCUAUAUUUCAAGUCGAUGAAAGAUCUACUAUACAAGGUUUUCGAGAAUAUAAAGACACUAGAGUUAUAUCAUCAAUAUCACCUUUAAACCCAUUAUUAGUGGCCAUCAAAACAAUUGCAAUUUCAUCAUCUGAGUGUGAAAGGACUUUCAGUGCUAUGAAUAACACUGUUACAUUUAAAAGAAAUAAACUAACUACACAACACAUAUCUUCACUCCUCUUCAUACAAUGUGUUGGUCCUCCAGUAAUAGCUUUUAAUCCAGCCAACUAUGUAAAGUAAUGGAUCCUCAAUGGAAGAAGAGAUGCGAAUGAGUUGUGCUGUCCAAAAAGACAACUAAAAAAUUGUGAUAAUUAUUCUCAACUAUGGAAUCUUUUAAAUGAAGAUGUAUAAUUAAUAAUUAUAGAAAUAAUAAUAAUAAUUUUAUAUACUACAUAUAAAAA